AUGCAACGCCUCAUUGAACUCGCAAAGGUUUCUGGCUCUGACGAUGUCCGUGACAUGACGGGCGAAAGCUCAGCACGGAGCCAUCGCGGUCGUAGGACAGUGAGCCGAGGUCUUCUUGGCACAAUUCAACAGACAAAAGUCCCUUCUUCCCGCCUUCUCAAACGAAAUGAAAGGUACCCCGGUAUCAUCCUGUUAAGGGAUUUUUCGAAAGCCAGCUUCUCUUCAUAUCUCAAAAGUGCACUGGGGCUGAGACCGAAUGAAAUCAGUCAGUUAGAAGAUAAGAAACCGAUCUACGGGCCCAUGAGGCAGAUCCGGAAUAGGAGGACCAGGCCGGAUCAGCCAAUCGAAAGGGGGGAGUCGAGGACAGGAUUGCUUGGUUGGCAGUAUCCGGCCUGGUGCAAACUUCCGGUUAUUUUGCACGUAUUUGUUGCCACAGAAACUGGUCGCGUGAGGCCACACCUAUUCUACAAGGCCUGCCGAGUGCCCGGAAAGGCGCCUCUGCAGGGCUGCAUGGAGCGCCAACUAGACACGACCAGUGUGAUAGAGAUACAGUUUCCGCCAUCGCUCUUCGCUUCGCCGGACCCAGUCAUGACGUAA